AUGGCGCCCGGCCUGGGCGACGGCGUGGCAGCCAUCGGCCUGGCGGUCAGCGGCCUUGGAGCCGGCGUGGGCCUCGGACACGGCGCUGCGGCCGCCGCUGACCCCAGCCUGGGGCCUGGCCUUGGACACGGCCUCGGACACGGCGCUGCGGCCGCCGCUGACCCUGGACUGGGGCCUGGUGUUGGACACGGCCUCGGACACGGCGCUGUGGCCACUCCUGACCCCGGCCUGGGGCCUGGUGUUGGACACGGCCUGGCAGCCAACACCCCGGCCACCGUUGACCCUGGACUGGGAGCCACCAUUGGACACAGCCUGGGAUCCAGCACCACGGCCACCAUUGAUCCUGGACUUGGGGCCACCAUCGGACACGGCCUCGGACACGGCGCUGCAGCCACCACUGCGGCCACCAUUGAUCCUGGACUUGGGGCCGCCAUCGGACACGGCCUUGCGGCCACCACUGUGGCCACCAUUGACCCCGACCUCGGGACUGGCAUCGGACACGGCCUCGCGGCCACCUCUGCGGCCAGCGUUGACCUCGGGCCCGGCGUCGCCCCGAACGUCGGCCACGGCCUGGGCCCGGAGCCCGGCAUGGGGCUGGGCGUGGCAGGCGGCCUCAGAGUGGACAUUGGCCUGGGCGUGGCGGCCGGAGCCGACGUGGACGAGCUCGGGGCGGGCGGCGCGGCCGAAGUGACCGCUGGCAUCGGGGCGGGCGUGGCCCUCAGCAUCGGCGCCAACAUCGGGCCCGGCCUGGCCGGCGGCGCCAUCAGGGCCAGCGUGGGGCUGGGCAUCGCCCCGGACAUCGGAGUGACCGUCGGGGCCGCCCUGGGAGCCAACGCGGGCCCCGCGCUGCCGUCCGGUGCCAGCCCCGGCCUCGGGCACAGCUCCGGGCUGGGACAGAACCCUGGCCUGGGACAGAACAACGGACUGGGACAGAACCCGGGAAUUGGACACAAUCCUGGACUCGGACAAAACCCCGGCCUUGGACAAAAUUCCGGCCUUGGACCAAACCCGGGCCUCGGACACAACUCUGGAAUUGGACACAACUCUGGCCUGGGACAGAACCCUGGCCUUGGACACAAUCCUGGACUCGGACACAACGCCGGCCUUGGACACAAUCCCAGCCUUGGACAAAAUUCCAGCCUUGGACCAAACCCUGGCCUUGGGCAAAACUUGGGCCUCGGACAAGACUCGGGCCUUGGACAUAAUGCCAGCCUUGGACAGAACCCUGCACUGGGACAGAACCAUGGACUGGGACAGAACCCCGGCCUUGGACACAAUCCUGGACUGGGACACAAUCCCGGCCUUGGACACAACUCUGGACUCGGACACAACCCCGGCCUAGGACCAAACCCCGGCCUUGGACCAAACCCCGGCCUUGGACCAAACCCCAGCCUAGGACCAAGCCCCAGCCUAGGACACAAUUCCAGCCUAGGACACAAUUCCAGCCUAGGACCAAACCCCGGCCUCGCCGUCGGGCCCGGCCUGGGCUCCGCCGUGGGCCUGGCGGCCGGAGCGGCCCUGGGCCCCGAGCUGGACAUUGGCCUGGGCGUGGACGUGGCCCCCGCGGCCGGGCCGGGCCUGGGCUCCGGCCCCGCGCUGGGCUCAGUCCCCAACGUCCCCACGAUGUCCCCAACGCCCCGGCCCCGCACGUCGCAGCGCGAUGUCACCAGUGAUGUCACCGAUGAUGUCACCGAGCCCGAGGCGCCGGCACCGUCCCAGCUCGAUGUCCCCAAGGUCCCCGAGGGACGCGGGACCCGCUCGUCGCCAUCAAAGACUGAGACGCGCCGCGUCCCCGUGUCCCCAACGUGUCCCCAACGGGACCCCCGCCCCGAGCUGGUGCUGGCGGCGCACGGCAGCCCCGGGCGGGCGGCGGCGGCGCUGGGGGGGCGCUGGGGGGGCCCCGUGUCCCUGGCGGUUUUCGGGGAGCCCCGCGGGGGGCUGCAGCAGCUGCUGGCGGCGUUGGGGGGGCCCUGCCGGGCCCUGCGCGGCCGCCUCCGGCUGCAGGUGGUGCAGGGGGCGGCGGGACCCCCGCCCAAUUUCAUCCCACCCAGAGCACCCCAAAAAGCCGGGGGCGGGGGGUGCCGGGGGGCUCUGGCCAGGCUGGCGGCCGCCGACCCCCCCAGUUACACUCUGGGGGUGCCGUACCCCGGGAAUCUGCUGAGGAACGUGGCCUGGCAGGGGGCGGCCGGGGGGGGCCCCGGCGCGGGACCCCCGCCCGAACUGGGGGCGCGUUUCGUGCUGCUGCUGGACGCGGACGUGGCGCCCAGCCCGGGGCUGCGCGAGGGGUUCCUGCAGCUGCUGCGGGACGGGGGGCUGGACCCCCGGAACUGGGGGGGGCAGGAGCCCCCAAACCGGGGGGGACAGGAGCCCCAAAACCGGGGGGGACAGGAACCCCGAAAUCAGGGGGGACAGGACCCCCGGAACUGGGGGGGACAGGGUGGACAGGACCCCCAAAAUUGGGGGGGACAAGACCCCCAAAACCGGGGGACACAGGGGGCACCGGGGGACCCCAAAGUUCUGGGGUCUCAGAGGGAUUUGGGGGCUCAGGAGGAUUUGGGGGUCCCCAACACUCUGGGGGUCCCCAAUGUCCUGGGGGUCCCCAACGUCCCAAAGAACCCCAAAAGUUUAUUGGGCCCCAAGGACCUCAGGGGUGUCCAAGCCCUGAGUGACCCCAAUGCCCUGAGUGACCCCAAAAUCCUGAGUGACCCCAAUGCUCUGAGUGACCCCAAAGCCCUGAGUGACCCCAAAAUCCUGAGUGACCCCAAUGCUCUGAGUGACCCCAAAGCCCUGAGUGACCCCAAUGCUCUGAGUGACCCCAAAGUCCAGAGUGACCACAACACUCUGAAUGUCCCCAACGCCCUGAGUGACCUCCAGGUCUUGAAUGACCCCAAAUCCUUGAGUGACCCCAAAGCCUUGAGUGACCCCCAGGCCCUGAAUAACCCCAAAACCCUGAGUGACCCCAACGCUCUCAAUGACCCCAAAACCCUGAGUGACCCCAAUGCUCUGAGUGCCCCCAAAAUCCAGAGUGACCCCAAAACCCUGAGUGACCCAAACGCUCUCAAUGACCCCAAUGCCCCAAGUGACCCCAAAGUCCAGAGUGACCCCAAUGCUCUGAGUGGUCCCAACACUCUAAAUGUCCCCAAAAUACAGAGUGACCCCAAAACCCUGAGUGACCCCAACGCCCUGAGUGACCCCAACGCUUUCAAUGCCCCCAACACCCUGAGUGACCCCAAAACCUUGAGUGACCCCAAAACCCUGAGUGACCCCAACGCCCCGAGCGCCCCCCACGCCCCGCGCUCCCCCCUCUCCGCGGAGCCCCCCUGGGCGCGGGCUCUCUUCGUGCUGCCCGCCUUCGAGCUGCGGGGGUCCCGCGCCCCGCCGGCCUCCAAGGCGGAGCUGCUGCGGCUGUGGGCGGGGGGCGAGGCGCGCCCGUUCUACGGCGCGCUGUGCCCGCGCUGCGCCUGCGAGCUGCACGUGGCCGGGUUCCGCUUCGCGGUGCUGGACGGGGCCUUCGUCACCCACCGGGGCUGGAAGGAGCCGGGCGGGUUCCACCGGGGCCGCGAGGCCGAGCUGGGCCGGAACCGGCGCCGCUACCGGGAAUUCAGGGAGGGGCUGAGACUGAGGUACCCGGGGACUGCCCGGCACUGCUGA